GGAAACUGGAUGAAUUUAUCUAUUAGUAUGGACUGGGACUGGCAUCUUUAACAACAUGGAAAGCUUGAAACAGUCUUUGUGGAAAAUAGGAUAGGAGAUCAGCCAGAGAUUAGAAGAAAACCCAAGUCCAGUCACGAAUUCAUAUCCAAUCUGGUCAGUUAUGACUUCCUCCAGCGAAAAGCCACACAUCUUGCAAACCCUUGAGAGAGAAAACACAAAUAGGGGUAACCUACUGGAGACAGGCCCUUAAGACUAUAAAGUAGUUGAGCGAUUCCAUACUGAAAUAGAGUUGGCUAUAGCGAUAGAGAAGUUAGUCAUAUAUGGGGCUAAUGAUCCAGGAGAGUAAGGAUUCGCUUUUGUGGUGAAAAGUUGUAAGCAGGUGAAAGGUAGGGAUCCAUGGCCACGGACGGGCAGGUGGAGAUCAGGGAAGAGGCGACGUUCAACACAGUUUGUUAAUGAUUUCACCUUACUGAUUAUUUCUCUUUUGGCAUCUAGAAGGCUAAGAUUCUCAUGUUUAUUUCAGAGCUACUGAAAGUAGUCCUAGGUUGUGGAGGGAGAAAUCCAAUUUCACAGCUGAGUCUAUUUUCUCAGUCUAGUUAUAUCGUCUUCUCACAAACUAGCCAAUGCUGCCGCCUUAUGCAAAGCCGACACCACGGAAAGAUGUGCUUUACAGAGGCAGGAUGACGCCAAUCGGCCUGGGGCCGGCGGUGUUUCGUCUAGAUUAAUGGCGAGGGAAGUCCCCAAUAGUCCCUUUGAAACCUUUUCACUCUUGCCUGGUGAAAGCGCUUGUCAACCGUAAAUCGCGAAUACAAUGCUAAGCUCUGAAGCCCUUGCUAAAUCCAAGUGGGAGCAGGGAUCUGCGCGGCCUCACCCUCGGGUUUCCGCAGGGCGUCUCGAGAGCUCCGGAUGCGGGCAGCAGGAGCCGGGCGGGAACAGAGGAAAGCGCCGGCCCUGAGACCUAGGGAGGAGCCUCGGUGAAGGAACCCGGGGCGGGAUCCUGCCUAGGUCUCCAAGAAGCUCCAAAAAUGGCGGGCGGCAACUCGGCGAUCCGGACGCGCAGGCGCCACCGUGGCCGUCCUUCCGCCAGCCUCGGGCGGCCCAAGAACCGUCCACAGCGCCCUUAUCCAGAAGCCUACGCCGCUCGCGAUUGGCUGAACUGCGCGAGGCCUCCGUGUGGGGGCGGGGCCGCCACGCAGCGGCCACGUUUCCCGCCCCGCUGGUGCGCGUGCGCGCAAUCCCCACUGGAAAGCGUUUGCGCGCGCCCCUGCCGCGGCCCCUAGCUCGCGCCUCAGCUCCCUCCCCUUUCCGGGCAGGCCCGUCCCGUCAGCAAGGCAGUGAGCACCGCGGCCAGCAGAGGGCGGUCCGGACCCAAGUCUGCAGCGGCGCCAUUGGCGUGUGGAAAAUGCCACCAGAUGGCGGGUUAGGAUUGCAGCUCCGUUGAAGGCGCGGCCCCCGCUCCCGAACCCCCGGCGACCACCCCGUAACAACCCCCCCACAUCGGGAAUAACACACCGGAGACUUUUGGGGGGAAACUAGGUCGAUGGUCGGCGGCGCCCGGAUGGGCAGCUGAGUUGAGAAAAUUGAUGCUCAGAGAGAUUCAACAUAUUUACAUCCAGGAGGCAUACCGGCUGUUAAGUGGCAGAGGAUUGCCUUUGAGGUUAUUGUAAAAGUUUUGAGUUGUACAGCACUUGAUUAUUUUGCUGCAUUGUGAAAGGACCUCUCCAGCAAUGAUUACUUCAGAAUUACCAGUGUUACAGGAUUCAACUAACGAAACUACUGCCCAUUCCGAUGCUGGCAGCGAGCUUGAAGAAACAGAGGUCAAAGGAAAAAGAAAAAGGGGUCGUCCUGGCCGGCCUCCAUCUACAAAUAAGAAACCUCGAAAAUCUCCAGGUGAGAAGAGCAGAAUUGAAGCUGGAAUUAGAGGAGCAGGCCGUGGAAGAGCUAAUGGACACCCUCAACAGAAUGGGGAAGGGGAGCCUGUCACAUUAUUUGAGGUGGUGAAACUGGGGAAAAGUGCAAUGCAGUCCGUGGUGGAUGACUGGAUUGAAUCAUAUAAACAAGACAGGGACAUCGCACUUCUGGAUUUAAUCAACUUUUUUAUCCAGUGUUCAGGAUGUCGAGGUACUGUGAGAAUAGAGAUGUUUCGAAAUAUGCAGAAUGCAGAAAUCAUCAGAAAAAUGACUGAAGAAUUUGAUGAGGACAGUGGUGAUUAUCCUCUUACCAUGCCUGGACCUCAGUGGAAAAAAUUUCGUUCAAACUUUUGUGAAUUUAUUGGAGUCCUGAUUCGACAGUGUCAGUAUAGCAUAAUUUAUGAUGAGUAUAUGAUGGACACAGUAAUCUCCCUUUUGACGGGUUUGUCAGACUCCCAGGUCAGAGCUUUUAGGCAUACAAGUACCCUGGCUGCCAUGAAGCUCAUGACUGCUCUGGUGAAUGUUGCCUUAAACCUCAGUAUUCAUCAGGAUAAUACCCAGAGACAAUAUGAAGCCGAGAGAAAUAAAAUGAUUGGGAAGAGAGCCAAUGAAAGGUUGGAGUUACUACUUCAGAAACGCAAAGAGCUGCAAGAAAAUCAGGAUGAAAUCGAAAAUAUGAUGAACUCUAUUUUUAAGGGUAUAUUUGUUCAUAGAUACCGUGAUGCUAUUGCUGAGAUUAGAGCCAUUUGUAUUGAAGAAAUUGGAGUAUGGAUGAAAAUGUAUAGUGAUGCCUUCCUAAAUGACAGUUACCUAAAAUAUGUUGGCUGGACUCUUCAUGACAGGCAAGGGGAAGUCAGGCUGAAGUGUUUGAAAGCUCUGCAGAGUCUAUAUACCAAUAGAGAAUUAUUCCCCAAAUUGGAACUAUUCACUAACCGAUUCAAGGAUCGCAUUGUAUCAAUGACACUUGAUAAAGAAUAUGAUGUUGCUGUGGAAGCUAUUCGAUUGGUUACUCUGAUACUUCAUGGAAGUGAAGAAGCUCUUUCCAAUGAAGACUGUGAAAAUGUUUACCACUUGGUGUACUCGGCACAUCGCCCUGUUGCUGUGGCAGCUGGAGAGUUCCUGCACAAAAAGCUAUUUAGCAGACAUGACCCACAAGCAGAAGAAGCAUUAGCAAAGAGGAGGGGAAGAAACAGCCCGAAUGGAAACCUCAUUAGGAUGCUGGUUCUUUUCUUUCUUGAAAGUGAGUUACAUGAACAUGCAGCCUACUUGGUGGACAGUUUAUGGGAGAGCUCUCAAGAACUGUUGAAAGACUGGGAAUGUAUGACAGAGUUACUAUUAGAAGAACCUGUUCAAGGAGAGGAAGCAAUGUCUGAUCGUCAAGAGAGUGCUCUUAUAGAGCUAAUGGUUUGUACAAUUCGUCAAGCUGCUGAGGCACAUCCUCCAGUGGGAAGGGGUACCGGCAAGAGAGUGCUAACUGCCAAAGAAAGGAAAACUCAAAUUGAUGAUAGAAACAAAUUGACUGAACAUUUUAUUAUUACACUUCCUAUGUUACUGUCAAAGUAUUCUGCGGAUGCAGAGAAGGUAGCAAACUUGCUACAAAUCCCACAGUAUUUUGAUUUAGAAAUCUAUAGCACAGGUAGAAUGGAAAAGCAUCUGGAUGCUUUAUUAAAACAGAUUAAGUUUGUUGUGGAGAAACACGUAGAAUCAGAUGUUCUAGAAGCCUGCAGUAAAACCUAUAGUAUCUUAUGCAGUGAAGAAUAUACCAUCCAGAACAGAGUUGACAUAGCUCGAAGCCAGCUGAUUGAUGAGUUUGUAGAUCGAUUCAAUCAUUCUGUGGAAGACCUAUUGCAGGAGGGAGAAGAAGCUGAUGAUGAUGACAUUUACAAUGUUCUUUCUACAUUAAAGCGGUUAACUUCUUUUCACAAUGCACAUGAUCUCACAAAAUGGGAUCUCUUUGGUAAUUGCUACAGAUUAUUGAAGACUGGAAUUGAACAUGGAGCCAUGCCGGAACAGAUAGUCGUGCAAGCACUGCAGUGUUCCCAUUAUUCGAUUCUUUGGCAGUUGGUGAAAAUUACUGAUGGCUCUCCUUCCAAAGAGGAUUUGUUGGUAUUGAGGAAAACGGUGAAAUCCUUUUUGGCUGUUUGCCAACAGUGCCUGUCUAAUGUUAAUACUCCAGUGAAAGAACAGGCUUUCAUGUUACUCUGUGAUCUUCUGAUGAUUUUCAGCCACCAAUUAAUGACAGGUGGCAGAGAGGGCCUUCAGCCUUUGGUGUUUAAUCCAGAUACUGGACUCCAAUCUGAACUCCUCAGUUUUGUGAUGGAUCACGUUUUUAUUGACCAAGACGAGGAGAACCAGAGCAUGGAGGGUGAUGAAGAAGAUGAAGCUAAUAAAAUUGAGGCCUUACAUAAAAGAAGGAAUCUACUUGCUGCUUUCAGCAAGCUUAUCAUUUAUGACAUUGUUGACAUGCAUGCAGCUGCAGACAUCUUCAAACACUACAUGAAGUAUUACAAUGACUAUGGUGAUAUUAUUAAGGAAACACUGAGUAAAACCAGGCAGAUUGAUAAAAUUCAGUGUGCCAAGACUCUCAUUCUCAGUUUGCAACAGUUAUUUAAUGAACUUGUUCAAGAGCAAGGUCCCAACCUAGAUAGGACAUCUGCCCAUGUCAGUGGCAUUAAAGAACUGGCACGUCGCUUUGCCCUUACAUUUGGAUUGGACCAGAUUAAGACACGAGAAGCAGUUGCCACACUUCACAAGGAUGGCAUAGAGUUUGCAUUUAAAUACCAAAAUCAGAAAGGACAAGAGUAUCCACCUCCUAAUCUGGCUUUUCUUGAAGUACUAAGUGAAUUUUCUUCUAAACUUCUUCGACAGGACAAAAAGACAGUUCAUUCAUACCUAGAGAAAUUCCUUACCGAGCAGAUGAUGGAAAGGAGGGAAGAUGUAUGGCUUCCACUCAUCUCCUAUAGAAAUUCAUUAGUCACUGGGGGUGAAGAUGAUAGAAUGUCUGUGAACAGUGGAAGUAGCAGCAGCAAAACCUCAUCAGUAAGGAAUAAGAAAGGACGACCUCCACUUCAUAAAAAACGAGUAGAAGAUGAGAGUCUGGAUAACACAUGGCUAAACAGGACUGACACCAUGAUUCAGACUCCUGGCCCCCUGCCAGCACCACAGCUCACAUCCACUGUACUGCGGGAGAACAGUCGGCCCAUGGGAGACCAGAUUCAAGAACCUGAGUCUGAACAUGGUUCUGAACCAGACUUUUUACACAAUCCUCAGAUGCAGAUCUCUUGGUUAGGCCAGCCGAAGUUAGAAGACUUAAAUCGGAAGGACAGAACAGGAAUGAACUACAUGAAAGUGAGAACUGGAGUGAGGCAUGCUGUUCGGGGUCUAAUGGAGGAAGAUGCUGAGCCCAUCUUUGAAGAUGUGAUGAUGUCAUCCCGAAGCCAGUUAGAAGAUAUGAAUGAAGAAUUUGAAGACACCAUGGUUAUUGAUCUGCCUCCAUCAAGAAAUCGGCGAGAGAGAGCUGAGCUAAGGCCAGACUUCUUUGACUCUGCAGCUAUCAUAGAAGAUGAUUCAGGAUUUGGAAUGCCUAUGUUCUGAAGUCCGAAGAAAAUUUACAAAUCUGGAACUCUAUUAUUUAGAGCUAGAGGCCUAUAUACUGUGAUAGCUUGUAUGGGGAAAAACACUUUUGAUGUGAUCUGAUUUGUUUUUUAAUCAAAUGAUUAAGGUCAGUCCCUUUUUGCAGUGACAGAAGAGGAGCAUGUAAAUUACCCAAGGGAAUGUUGGUGAAUGUCAACUCAGAAAGACUGACCUGAAAAUCAUGUGUGUCCUACUAUUGGACUUAUCCCAAUACAGAUGUGUGUGUUUUUCUGGAGGGAGGAAGAAAUUUUAAAUUUUUAAAACAGCUGUCAAGAUAAACACUGUUAUACACCUGUUUUAUGAAAACUCAACAUUGAGUAAAAAAAAAAAUAUUUUUAACUUUAUUUUCCUGUUGUACAAUUUAAAAACCGUUUUAACAUUUUGCCUUUUUAUGUUUUAAAAGCUAACCAUUUUUAUUAAACCUAUGAGUAAGCAGCUCAUCCUAAUUGCCGAAGAGUGUUUUGGAGUUCACUGGAUUUGGUUGACCUUUGUGGAACACAAAUAAUGAAGAAGGAGCAGAACAUUGACAAGCUAAGAUGAAAUUCUGACAUAGUGCAUCUCUGUCAAAAACCACACACCCUCUGUGGAUAUGGAUAUGAAUUCCCAGAUUUUAUAUACUCUUGAAUAAAAGGUUUAUUUUUAUUUAUAAGUGGGCAUAAAAUAAGAAAUGUCCAUGCAGCCAUUUUUCCAACAGAUGCUGUACACCGUUCAUUUUAUAUAGACUAGGGAGAUUCAAAUACAGUGCAUUUUCUAUUGGUAUUUGUUCUGUGCAUUUUUAGCAACUUCUACCAGCAAAUAAAGUAUUCUCAGUAAAAUGAAAAUGAUUCUCAAGUUAUCAGUUUGCUGUUUUUUACCACUUAUUUCAUGCCCUGCCAAAUUCAAGUUACACAGACUUCCGUUUGCUUAAGAUAAUCAUGAAGAAAUCCUUAAUCAAUCAUUCAAAAGUAAUUUUAAGUGUAACAUAACUGUGUUUACUUCCCAUGCACUUAAUACCCUUAUGCGCUAAUUUUGUGAGUUAAGUUAAGUUUACUGAUUGAUUAUAGAAGUAUGUGCUGCAUAGAAGUCUGUGCUUAGAGGGUGAAGUUCCUAAGCUUACCUUGAAUUACAGCUACAUUUCAGUGUUAAAUGUGCAUAUUAAGAAUAAUUCUUUUGGGGAAAGAAAUUAUGAAUCUUCAGGACAGUCUACAAUGGUUUAGAGUUACAUUCUGCCUAGACUUUUAUGACUUGCUGCUAUUGUUUUAAAAACCCCACUUAGUUUCUUCCUUUCUGAUUUCUAAAGUAAGCCUCAGAAUUUCCAAACAAAUUCAUCCACAGCUGUUUCUGGGCUGGUUUUUAAAGUAGCUGCAACAGAAUCAUGAGGCUUUCCCUUUUUAUCAAAUACGAAAAACAUUUUUAAAAAUUCUGCACACCCAGUGAUCAUCUUUUGUGCGGGAAAGCAAGAUGAUGGAUGAUUUUAUUCAUCCUUUUAGUAAAGACACAAAACAGAUUUUUCUCAACAUUUGUACAGUUCUGAAAAAAACCUGGUCACCAAAAAUAUUCUCUCUGCUAAUUCAGCAAUUCUUGGGCUCCAGUUAGGGGAGCUGGGGCCUCACUUUCUCCCAGAAUUGUGGGCUUCACUGGAAGUGAAGGUGCAGGAAUGACUGGACUGUCCACCCCAGCCCUGCCUGCCUGUGGUUUUGGCCGGGGAGCAAGCCAUGAGGUGCCCUGGUACAUGCACAAACUGAUCCUUUGCGUGACAGUCUUGUAUGGAAAACAGAUGCUGACAGAAUUGUAGACUACCAUGCCACACAAAAAGGCUAAAUAUACUCCAAUGGGUUUCCAGUUCAGUUUGAAGUCAAUCAAAUUUUUGUAUUUUCGGUGUCUCCUUGAUUGGUUUUGCUAGUAAUUCUGUAAAUUGUACAUUUGCAAUAUGAGGUUUUUUUUCCUUUUGUACAAUUUGAAACUGAUGCUUCACCUUUCCUUUAAUAAACUAUUCAAAAUCA